GUCAUCUGGGGCAAGGGGCUUGCCCACUCACCCGUGACUCACGGCACAGCAGCAUGUUACAGGUUUGGAGUUUCCAUUGGCAUGACCCAUGUGUGCCAGGGAGGCUGAGGCAGUAUAAAACCCAUCAGGUCCCAAGGCACCAGCACUGGCCACCUUUGGGACUCACCUCAGCACAGCACCAGACCUCUGGAACACAAGAGAGAAACACUCUUGCAUCAUGACAGGCAAGGCUGUGGCUGUGGUCCUGAUCCUUCUCUUCAUAUCAGCAGUGGGAACAAAAGGUAAGGCCCUUCCACGCUCAGCAAUGGAGCUCCGGUGCCAGUGCAUAGGCACUCAUUCCAAGUUCAUCCAUCCCAAGUUCAUUCACAAUGUGAACCUCAUCCCCAGCGGACCUCACUGCAAGAACGUCGAAGUCAUAGCUACCCUGACGGAUGGCCGGGAAGUCUGCCUGGAGCCCACCGCUCCCUGGGUGAAGCUCAUCAUCAAGGCAAUCCUAGACAAGGCAAACGCCAAACCUGAGACAGUGUCCUAAGACAAAGAAGACAAAACGUCCUAACUCCUGCAGCAAGGCAAAAAAGAGAUGGAGAUGCCCAUCCAGCUUCUGGCAGCUCACCUCCUCCUGCUGCCUAUAUUCACACUUCUAACAGCACCAAGAGCGUAUGGAUUCCCUGGAUUUAGAAUCACAAAAUCACAGAAUGGUUUGAGUUGGAAGGGACCUUCAAAGGUCGUCUAGUUCCAACCCCUCUGCAAUAAGCAGGGACCUCUUGAGCUAGAUCAGGUUUCGUAGUUAGUUCACAACAGUACUGAAGUAUUUUACAGAGGUCACAUUAUGUAGGAGAGGAAUCACUGACACCAGAAAAAGCAGGCAGAAGAAAUGGUUUG